AGAAGUGCGAUUCGUGAAGAGAGGGUCAUCUGCGACGCGACUUCGCGAAGUGAUUGGAUUUGGCUCCUCGGCUGUGGUCCAAUGGGGCGAGCAGUUUGGGCAUGGAGACCAGCCGGUGGGUCAGGGACCGCACGAGAAAGGCUAAGCAGUCAAGGCUCUUACAUGGAAGGAAGUCGGUGUGUCAAAGCAAUUGAAAGCGCUCCGUUCGCGAAGUCCGUUCACGUGGCUGUCGUGGGAAUAUUGAUGGCGAA